AUGUCUACACAACAUUCAUCUAGUGAAAAAAAAAACAAAAGAAGAGCAGUACACUGUGAUAUGGAGGGACAAAGUGAUGUUAUUUGUGAUAAUGAUAAGUAUGGUGCUUCUAUAAUAUCUGAUAAAGUGACUAUUCCAGAUAUUAACAAACAUUUAAAUUUGGUUGGAAAAGC